AUGGCAAGGUCUUUCUUCAUUAUGGCAUUAGCCAUGGCUUUCGCCACCUCUCUCGCCUUUGCAACCACGAGUAUAAAUGAAGAACAACCAACCAUGGCACCGUCUUCCGACGAAGUCUUUUCAGAAGAUGAAUCAUCUCCGGUUACAGGAACGAGCCGUUUCCUCGCCCAGUAUAAACCCAGAGCCACCAUGACAUGCGAUAGGUUCCCCAGGAUUUGCCGUGCUAAGGGAAGCUCCGGCCCAGACUGCUGCAAGAAGAAGUGUGUGAACGUGAUGAAGGACAACCUCAACUGCGGGCAAUGUGGGUUAAGGUGCCGAUACGGGACGACAUGCUGCAGCGGCAGAUGCGUCAACGUGAUGUUCGAUCCCCAGAACUGUGGGGGCUGCAAGAACAGGUGUAAGAAGGGAAGCUUCUGCUCAUAUGGGAUGUGCAACUAUGCUUGA